AGUCCCGAGUCAGUGUCCUCCUUUCUUGGGUUUUUUUUUUUAUUUUCCCAUUCUUUGUACUAACUCGAAUUUGAUUUUGCUACGGCCGUGAGUGUCUUUCGGAUUUAUUAUUAGGUACAUCGAUCGCUAUUGGGAAUCAAUUUUGCCAACGUUGUUAAAGAUUAAAGGAAUUGUUUUAAAAAAUUCAAACGGACGCCGACAUGUUAGGACGACCCUCAUCAAACUGGUUUCUCCUGCCCGUGACGACGGUGGUCUUGGCCGGUCUCUUUUGCCUCUCAACCCUUCAAACAGUGGAGGGCGUUCAGUGUUACGUCUGCAGCUGGUCACCAGCUGAUUCAAAUCGCGUUGACGUCUGCACCCGCAAGAACUUUAGUGAGUCAGUGCGGACGCACAGCUGCGAGACGGGCUGCGAAACGGUGACCGUCUUCGAUAAAAACGGUCGAUUGGAUUUCUUCUACCGCAAUUGCGCUGCCAACACGUCCAGCAUAACGGGCACUUGCUUCAACGAGACAUCAAAGGCCAUCACAAAGGAAAUUUGCAAUUGCGAUUCAAAUUAUUGCAAUGAGAGCUCGGGACUGGAACAACAUGUUGGCAUUGUCCUAUCUGGCAUAUUGGCUUUAUUGAUGAUGCAUUUUUAAGAAAAAAUACGAAGGGCCUUUUUCUUGUUGCCUCCACGCCUUGUUAUUGUUUGCUUUUGUUUCUUCACGUAACCGGUUGACUCGUUUGCCAUUACUUUGGACAAAAAGCGCAACUAGAUUUUCAAUUUGUACAUCUUUUAACGCAGAUUAUGCCCUUGUUGUUUCCUGUUUCAGGUCCGUGAGAAUAGACCAAGAAAACGCCUUUGGCAGUCUAUUCAAAAGACACCCAAGCCCAGACACAUCCUCUUCUUUUUUGAUUGUUUUGAAACUCUUCUUUGGGAAAGCUGGGCGUUUUCACGUAGUUAUUACCCACCCUGUUGUAAUUAUUUUAUUACCAGCCCAGUCGUAGAUUUUUUUUAAAACCAUUAGCAAACAUUUGUUUAAUUGCAAUUCGUUUUUCUCUUAUCGAAUGAGCCUGUACGUGGUAACAAGCUAGCACAACCAAAGGGUGUCACGUGGUUAAGACGAGCGCACCUUUCGCAGUUAUACUAAAUCGAUAUUUACAUUUGUUUGACACAUUUUUUUUUUAUUAGCCAUCGUCAAGUAAAUAAACAUAGUACAAUUGCAAAUAGGUGCGCUUCGAUUAUUUAUCCUUGUUGGCUAGACCACGUGUUUUCACAUUUUGAAAAAAAAAAAAAAAAAAUUUAUAAUUCAUUUGUUUUUCAUAAUUGGACGAUUUUUGCCAUUUCAUGACCUUCUUCUGCAUAUUACAAUUAACAGUUUUUAGUCUUCUA